GUGCACGGCACCUCGAACUCGAGAGUGUCCCGCAAUGUGGCUUACGACAUUUCGGGAAGCGCCUACUAUCUUGAAGAUGGCAUUGAAGAGGACAACCUCUUCGAGUUCAACCUCGCAGCUUUCAUCCUCAUCAUCGACAAGCUCAACGACUACGGAGGCGGUGGCCAGGGCGGUGUGCGGAUCAACACGCAGCCGAGCCGCCUCGUGCCCACAGAUGCCACAGCUGUCGGGUUCUACUGCACCAAUGCGAAAAAACCGAUGGAUCGGAAACUCUGCGAGCGGUGGCUUUGCUGGCUUCCAUUUUCCUCGUGUGCCCUAUGUCCUUGGCGACACCUAUGCACAGAACCAGGACUACCACCCGGAUGAGGUGGAACUGGGCGAGUUUGAUUCCAACACUGCGCACUCAUCAGGGCGGCUGUGGAGCCGCGGCGGCUGCAUGUAUGUCGGCGGCGAGCUCUGGGAGGACAACAAGGGCUCCCAUGAGUACCGCUACACCAGUGGACGGACAACAACGCGGAAGGAGGGCCGCUUCAUCUGGACAAACACCAAGGUUUUCGCUUGCCGGAAGGGCGUCCUUUUCUGGGGUUCCGGCGGCCGCUGGCCGGGUCUGGGCUUGGAAGGCUUUGAGGCGCACGACAUCUCUCGCGCGGUCACCAUGCUGGGGGACAACUACAUGUAUAACUCGGUGGUCAGUGCGCACACGGGCAAUACCUUCGCGACAGACCUGCCGAAGGUCACGGAUGGCUUCGAGCUGUACGACACCGGCAUGCAGACCAUCCUCUCGCAGGUGACAUGGCGAAACUUCGACCGACCCGGGGAUGUGGCCAUCAUGGACAUGACUCACAGCAACAUCUUCAAGCCUGCAGGAAUGUUUGACACGAGGGCCCAAUACUUCGAGGGCACCCCCUUUGCGCAGCGCCUUCGUCAUGUCGAACGAUACGCCUGCACAUCGUUCCAUCAGGACACCUGCAAGAACCGCUGCGACUUCUGUCCAGGGACAGCUGGAUCUUCGCAGGUUGCCAAUAUGAUUGAUACCGACGGGACCUUGGUCGGUUGGAAUGAGCCUGCCAUCAUCGGCGCAGAUGACGAGGAUUCAGAAACGAACUACCGCACGAAUGACUGGUGGCGCAUCGAUGACAGCUGCCAAAGGAAUUUUGACUGGGGCUUCUGGAUCUGCCCCACGAAGGGCCAUCGGGCGAUCGCGAGCUUGUUCUUCAUGAAGGGCCUCCAGGACAGGUAUCCGGACCGCACGGAUUCCAGAACCGCUGUGGGCAAGGUUUACCACUUCGGCCACGAAGAUCGCCACGUCGACUUGGGCUUGGCCGAAAGCCCCAUGGUCACCGGGCCCUGCUGCGAUGUCGGGUGGUUCCUGGCCUUGGACAACGGCGCCGAGCCUCAGCUCACCAUCACCAUGGACCAGAUCCCCCCACAAGGUUUGGUUCUCGCCACGGCCUAUCCAAUGGGUGCCUCCAUCACCGUCCAGCGAUGCAUGCCGAAUUGUGCCAACAUGCCAAGAGGUUCUUCCUUGCAGGAAGUGCUGGACUCCACGGACGGAAACGUGUUCUUUGUGGACGGCUUGGGCCGACUCUUCCUGAAGUUCGUCUAUGCCGACAAUGGCUACUUUGAGUUCGUGGGUGUCAAGCAGCUGUUGAACUCGCACCGAUACUACGCCGGCAAGGGCCUUCGAUACAAGAUCUCGAGCAGCAGAUCUGGAAGUGUUGGUGCACUGCAGCUGCCUGCGCCACUCGAUGGAAGCACCAUUUCGACCACGCCUUUCCAAUCGACCACCGAGUAUUCCCACACUACUGAAGUCCCGACAACUUCCAGAGAUGUGAGUGGCUGCAGCGACAAUUUUGGAGGCUGCAAGACGAGCCUUUGCUGCAAGUCUAACGGCUGGACAUGCUACGAGAAGGACGAAUACUAUGCACAGUGCCGACAAAGUUGCACACCAGGUAUCAACCCGAAUGACGCACCACAGUAUCAGACUCCGUGGAGCUGCAACAUCUUGGGGCAAACCACGCAGCCUGCGACUACAAGCACACCAGGUGCCACUGCCACUACGACGGCAGCCACUACGAUGCCUAUGACGACAUCGGAGGCGACAACAGCAACUACGACUGUUGCAGUGACGACUACGACCACCACAACGAUGACGGCUGCGGCAGGGAGCUUCGUUCCGGUGGACGGAGGUCAGAAUGUCGUUUGCCGCGGCGCCAGCUCCAACGACAAUGACGAGAGCUAUUACAUCUUUCACAACGGCAUUGACUCUAUCGAUGAGUGCAAGCAGCUGUGCAUCGGCACCGACGGCUGCAAGGGCAUUGAGUAUGGCUCCCGCAAGUGCGAAGUCUGGACCCGCGCCGGCGGCAUCGGCGCCACGAAGUCUCUUUCGGGCUACACUUGCCUCCGCUAUACAGGCCCUGUCACCACAACAUCAACAACGACUACAACGACAAUGCCCACAACUACAACGACUACGACCACAACAACGACGACCACAACGACCACGAUGAUGACGACAACGACCACAACGACGGCGAUGGUGACGACAACGACCACAACAGCUUCCAGCUCUUCGCGUACAUUUCGCCCUGUGGAUGGAGGGCAGAACCGCGCCUGCCGCGGGGCCUCCCCUGGCGACAAUUCGGCUGACUAUUUUCAGGUCAGCAAUGAUGACACCCUGGAGGGCUGCCAGUCGCAGUGCAUGUCCACCGAUGGUUGCACGGGUAUCGAAUAUCACGUACGUGGCCGCUGCGAAAUCUGGACGCGGCCGGAGGGAAUCCAUGCCUCUAUCACGCUCGUGAACUACACCUGCCUUAGUUACAGCAUGCCGACUCCGGAGGGCAUCUUUGAGGCCGUCGACGGGGGCGAGGGCCGCGUCUGCCGGGGCGGCCAUCCAAACGACAACCGGGCCAGCUACUUCACGGUCGAGCAGGCCAGCUCUUUGGAAGGAUGCAAGUUCAAGUGCAUGGAGGCAGAAGUCUGUCAGGGCCUCGAGUACCACACCGGCGGCCGCUGCGAGAUUUGGACCCGUGCAGAGGGGAUCGAGGCCUCCCGAGAG